UGGAACGAGAGAUGAAAUACCAGUACAUACACUGUCACCUACUACUUUGAAUAUACAGGUUUACUUUCGUUCAAGCAGAUAUGUUUCAUUAUAUGCCAUAAUUUUGGAUUUAUUUUUACGCAUCAUGAGGUUUAAUUUAUGGGACAAUAUAACGUAAAGAACUUAUUGAAAUGAAACGUUUUUUUAACAUUUUACAGUUUAUAAAGAAAGUAUAUUUCUUGGGUUUAGCAAUCUGUAUUGUGGGUCUAGCGGGCAUAGAAUCCCGAUCAGAUCAGGAUGGAACAAAUGACCAUUAUACUAUACCAAGUAUAACAACAUAUGGUGGAAACAAAAUAAUAUGCAAAGAUGGGUGGAUACCAGCUAGAACAAAACAACUUGGUCCUACCACAGCAUUUGUCUGUGUUAAAUUAUAUAGAAGACCUCAUACCUGGUUAGAUGCCCAGAAUGUUUGCAGAGCCGACCAUUCAUUUUUAAUUAAAUUAGAAUCUAGACUUGGAUUGGGGCGCAAUUCUUUGGAUCAGGUGUUAAUAAAUGAAGGGAUAAAUCAUAUAUGGUCUGGUUUACAUGUUGAAGAUUCUAGACUGAUCUGGGAUGAGAAGAAAUCACAUAUUGUACAAUCUUAUGUUGGCCAAAAUGAGCCAUUUGGUGACGUGAAGAGAGGGUGGAAAUGGCAACAGGGAACGUUUCAAGAUUCAUCCAAUACAUGUGGGGCAUUUUCAGCUGGAGCAACUCCUCUUAAACGUUCUGUUAGAUCCACAAACAUUGACUCCGACGACACAACUACAGCACCAACUAAUCAGACCACAUUGAAUAAUACAACUACACAAAAUACCAAUGAUUCCCAAAACUCAACAACAGAUCAAAACCAAGAUGAUGACAGUAAUGAUGAUCAAUCUGUUGAUGUCAACUCAGGUAACUCAAAAGACAGCGAUACCGUCACCCGUUCUCCAAAUGUCACCACGACAGAAGCAUCGAGUGUAGAACUAACCACAGAAUUCGACAGUAUCGAAGUGACAGAUGAACCCGACAGUGCCGACGUUGACGACACCACGUUGGGAAACUUCACGUUUGAAACCACAACACAAGCACCCACCGUUCUGGACAUACACAAACGCAGUACCCUGAAACAACAAAAGUUCACCACACCAAAAACACCCAACCCCGCACGUAAUGUUUUAGAAGCAGAUCCCGUGAACAGCACUCAAGAAACAGCGGAUUCGCAAGAGAUUCUAGCCAAUUCAUCUCAAAAGACCCAGCAAACACCCGACGCAUACGUAGAUGAUUCAAAAGAAGUUGUGGACAACGUAACCGAUACAGUAACCCCUGUACCUGUACCUACAGCAAGUGCACCAGUGAAAGGAACUUCGGUAACAACAAUAGCAACUGUAUCAUAUACAGAUGUAGAUGAUUUAGUUCCAGAUUCUAAAGAAUCCAACACAAACGAUAACUCGCCGGAGGUACUGGAUUAUAUCACUGCAGCCGCCACAGAAGGCUCACCUCAACAGUCAGCAGAGAGUCGGGUAGCUCCUCCUAUCAAUGUAGCUCCACAUGCUGACUUGUUGCCCUCCCUCUCUGACGCAUUAGAUGCUCAUAAUUCCCAAAUUCAAAAUAUGCGUCCUAGAAUGGAAAUGGAAGACUGUGAAAAACCAUUCCCGUUUAUAUGUUAUAGUGAACCCAUACACAGUCUUAGUCCCGAUCCUCACUGUGGAGUUCACUGGGUUAGUCACCACCAUUUGGACAAGUGUUAUAGGGUCAUAGAAACGCCGUACACCCAAGAGGGUGCAGCUCAAAAUUGCGUGGAUCGCGGCGGAAGGUUGGCAGACAUAAAUAAUACCUUUUAUGGUAACAUUUCCGCCAUGGCGUUUGCUUCACAUCCCCGCCGUGCAUCUUUGGGGACACAUGUUUGGGUAGAUUUCGCUGAGUCUCGAGACGAUACAUCAGAUUCUAAAUGCGAUGCUGUAUCUGGAUAUGACGUCGCUAAAAUUAAUUGUGAAACUCGAUUACCAAGUGUCUGCGAAAAACAAGUUCCGUUAACAGAUAUUAAAGCAUUCUUAUAUAAAGAAGUAGCAGAAACUGAAAAUUUUGAGGACUUUUUGGAUACACCAGGCAAAGUUCAACUUGUACAUAUGACAUCAAUGCGCGCAGGUACCUUGCUGUGUCCACUUCAAUCUUCUUCACCAGACGAAUUAGUGCUCUGGUAUAAAGAUGGCGUACUUAUACAAGAUCUGGGAUCCGUUUACUUGGGACAGAAUAACAACGAAUUUAAGAUAAACAAUCAAAAUCGAUUUUCUGGUACUUUGGUACUUGACCUGUCCUUGUUUAGACGACUAAAAUCUCAGGAGACAGGGCUUACAUUCCCGUCGUUGCUGCAAGGAAAAUAUUGGUGUGAAGUUUGGAGAAGAAGACCGUUUAAACGAAUUAAAUCUGUUACAUAUAUGAUAAGAUAUACAGAUGUGGUAACGCUUUCUGGUACGAUUCAAACUAAAGGCAUUUCGGCUGAAGAUGCAGCUUUGUUUAAUUUAAUGGAUACUGCCGUGGGGUUAACACGAUCUGUAUCUGAAGAUAUGUUAUUUUUUAACAAUAAUAUAACAUCUACAAUAAGAUCGUCAAAACCAUUAUUAAAUAACAUCGUUACAAAGGUAGUCAAAGCAGAUAAUGAAACAGGGCGUAUAAAAUUUAUGACGUACCUCAGUUUGUCACGAGAGGUCGUUCCCGAGGAGUUUAAGUCUCAAAUUGUGCAAGAUUACUUGAAAAACCUGAACGCCAUGAUUGUAGACAACUCUGCUUUACUCAGCCAACACUGGAACGUUGCACAUGACGUCAGCAAGUAUAUAUUCAUUGGUAGAACUGAUGUUUGUACGGAACAAUAUUUAAAGGAUGAAGUAACAGGUUUGGGUGCACAUUUUCCAACUACGUUUGUUAAUUCGUCAUCGUUGAGUGCUGAAGUGUGUGAUGGUAAACCUGCUGGAACUGCUAGAUGUAUUGGCGAUUUAGAAGAACGAGCCUAUUGGCAUGAUUGGGUGGUUGAUAACGAAUGUGGUACAUUCCCUGAUAUGUCAUCUGAAGAAUUUGUGGAAACAAAUGGUGAUGAAAUAGAAGCUAUAGCUAGGCCAUCUUUGUUUAUGCCGAUCCCAACAUCUAACCCGGGCCUGGUAGAGUUGGAAAAGGUCGAAGUUGAAGACGCUAAUGUUGAAGAUAUAUCUGAUAAAAUGGUCGAGCUCAUGUCACAACCUGAAAGUCUAACAGAAGAUGAUAUUAAUCGGAUAGCUAAAGUUAUGGAUAAAAUUAACACCGUGUCUAAACCAGCCAUAAAGGUUUCACAGAAUCUAGUACGGACUGUAGAUAAAGUGUUAGAUUCAAGUCGCAAUGAUAUAAAUAAUGCUGAAACACAUAAUAAAGCAGCUUCAAGGAUUUUAGCCAACAUGGAAGAAAUUGCUAAUAAAGCACAGCUCGGAAAAGAGAAGACCAUUCGUCUUGUGACUCCAAAUAUUGCCAUGGAAAUCUGGGAAUUAAAUGAAACGGAUACACCUGUUAUAGGUCUUGGUGCCAAAGUGUCUCAAAGUUGGUCAAACCCUCUGACAGAACCAAGGAUUAUGACUAUCAUGGAUCGUUUUGAUAAACAAUUAGAAGAUUUUGAUGUAGCUAUUGAACUACCAGAAAACCUAGUUAAAGAUAGACAAAAAGCUGGACAUCCUACCCGAUUGUCAAUGUUUAUCUACAGAAAAGUUGGUUUAUUUAAAAGUAAUUCAUCGUCAUUGAUGGUUAACAGUCCUAUUAUAUCGGCUAGUGUUGCUGGACAGAAAGUUGAAAACUUACAGGAAAAAGUCAGAAUGGUGUUCAGACCUUUUAAGACAACUGCUGAUCGUGCUGAUAAGACUAAAUGUGUGUUCUGGGAUUUUAAGUUAGAUAAUUAUCAAGGUGGUUGGUCUACAGAAGGUUGUGUAUAUGAUGGUAUUUUAUAUGAUAAAGAUUGUUGUAUGUGUGAUCAUCUUACAAACUUUGCCGUUUUACUAGAUUUCUAUGGUCACAGUGAACCUAUUGAUCCUAUACAUGAUUUCUCCUUGUCUAUAAUAACUUUAAUAGGACUCAGUCUCUCUAUAUUUGGUUUGGGUAUGACCAUUGUUACCUUUAUAUUCUUUUCGAAAUUGCGACAAGGUCGUGCUCAGCAAACUUUAUUCCACAUGGCAUUAUCACUUUUGGGAUCUGAAGUUUUGUUUUUAGUUGGAAUUAAACAAACAGAUAAUUAUUACGUUUGUUUAACGGUCGCCGCGUGUCUUCAUUAUUUCAUCCUUGUCUCCUUUAUGUGGAUGUUGGUGGAGGCGAUUCUUCAAUACCUUACUUUUGUUAAAGUUCUGGGAACUUAUAUCUCUAGAUACACACUAAAAACCGCUAUACCAGCAUGGGGUGUACCAUUGAUACCAGUAAUAACAGUUCUAAACAUAGAUUACACACUAUAUAAAGGCAGGGACACUUAUUGUUGGAUGGAUUUAGACGCUUUCUAUUGGUCCUUCGCUCUACCAAUCGGUGUCAUAAUACUGUUUAAUAUUAUUAUGUUUAUAAUAAUUAUAAUCAGUCUAGCUAGAAGACCACGAGGUUUGAGAGUUCAUCAUUCCUCCUCUAAGAACAGUGCUGCUAAAACAAAUCUGAAGGCCGCCAUGACGAUUUUUGUUUUGUUAGGUCUAACGUGGUCAUUUGGUUACAUGGCGAUAGCAGAUGCUCGUUUAGUCUUCCAGUAUAUAUUUACCUUUCUCAGUUCAUUACAAGGUUUCUUUAUAUUUAUACUGUUAGUGGCUAGAAGAAAACAAAUACGAGAUCAGUGGAUGGUCAUUUGUUGUAGAGAAGGUACAGCCAUGCGGUUGCGGAAGUCGCUUUCUGUGUCCAACUCCAAUUCAAAUUCGAUGUCGUCGAAUAGCAGUAGCGGUUCUGGAGCAUCGCGUCGCAAACUACAUAACGCCAGUACUCGAACUAUUGACACUAUUGUUAACAAUCAAAGCUUUGAUUCCCUGUAUUUUAUCCCAACGUCUUCCAUACCAACCAAACAUGUCUCUGAUGACUGAUUAAUAGCAAGGAAAGAAUACAUUUUGAAGUACACGUAGCUGAAAUUUUUUUAAAUUGCUUUUUUAAUUUAUUAUCCAUGAAAUUUAAUAUUUGAAUGUCAAGGAAGAGUUUAUGAUCAGGAAAUGCAAGAUUUUAUUAAUGCUUAUACAAAGUACUUUUAUAUUUAUCAAUGUUAAGGAAAUGUUCUGUUUUAUUUACUUUGAAAAAAAAUUCUCAAAUAUUUUGUAAUAAUGAAAAAAAUGGCUUAUAUAUUUUUUUUUUGUUUAUUAAUGACAAACGAUUUUAUUAUUUUAUAAUGUAGAUAUAUAUAAUUAUUGUCACAAAUUAUGUAUUUUGUCCAUACUACGUAAUUAUGUCAGUAUUUGAAAAUACUGAAAUACAAAAAGUCUUCCACAAAAAUAGUCCAUGUUAAUGUUUUUAGAACAACAUAAAGAAGUGCUAAAUAAUAGUAUUGUAGAAAUGUUAUACAUUUCAUAUAUAAUGAAAAUGAAACCUAAGGGUCUAAUUUCUAGUAAAUUAAUAUUCGGACAAAAAUCUCAUGCGUUUAAUUAGAUUCAAGCAGAGUGUAGACCUAGUUUAAACACACUUAGUUUUAGGGUUUUUUUUUUUUAAUUUUUCACAUAGAUUCAAGCACAGUUCAACCAGAGUUAUACACAGUCAGAUUUGAAUCGUUUGUUACAUAAUUUUAUUUAAAUUUCGCACAGACACAUCAAUUAAAUAUCGGUGAAAAAAAAAACUAGUCCUAGAAAUUCGACCCUUAUUUUUAUAUUGUAAAUAACUGUUAUAAUAUAUCUAGACCCUUUAAUAAUUAUUAUCUGUAAGUAUUUAUUAUAUAAUAGUAAACCUUUGUAAAUAGAUUAGUUUAACAAUAUCUGUUAAUCAAAUCAUUCUACCAUAGCUAAAAACAACCGGAACAAAUAAGAACGAGCAGCAUCCUAGAAGGCCAGUAAAACAUUUCAUUGCAUAAAUGAGAUAAAAAAAAAUGGCAGAGAAGAGUUAUUUAGAUAGUAAUUUAGAAAAUUAAAGGAAACGGUGUGCGUUAAGUAGUGAUGCUAGAUCAUACAAAACAGAUAUGUCCGACAGUGUCACGGCGUGACUUUAUUACAUGAUAAAAAAUAAAAAGUUCCAAAAACUAUAACUUACUACAUGAUUUACCAAUCUGAAUAAUAUUUGCACUGAUAUAUUUUUGUUUAUAGUACGUUUGAUUGUUUAUGAUCUUAAACUCUACCUUAUUUGUCUUUAAUCUUCGUGAUUAAUCAACAAUUACAAUCGAAAUAGAUAUAAUUCCUUGAGUAUCUCUUUAACAGUAUAAUUAGAAAUAAUUGAGUUUUUGUAUUUAUUUUAUAAAAAAACAAAAAAUACUUUCAUUAUAACCAUGACGUUUAUAUGAAUAAUCUCCCCUUACGUCUUUCACAACAUGGCGAAAUUGAAUAGUUAACCAUGCUCAUUUUCUAAAUAUAUAGUAAAUUUCAAAGUAAAGAAAACCAUAAUUAAUUUAAUGUAAUGUAUUUGACAAGCAUGUUCUUCUGUCGUCGAUAACUGAAUUACCUCCUUUCCUUCCCUCCAAAAGGCCUGAAAUAUUUAUGUUACGUAUGCAUAAUCGCACCCGGACUUCAUUUCAAUAUUCAAAUAUGCCAUGAUUGUUAUCUACUCACAACAACGAUUAGUAAAGUUUAUGUUUAUGUUAAAUAUCUUAGUUUGUAAUAACGUCACAGUGUUUAAUGAGUGUUCUAGUCUGUGUUCAGAUAAUAAAUAAAUUUCCUACUU